AUGAUCAUUCCUGCACGCUUCCUUGCCCUGGACUCAUGUUGGACCUCGGUCCUCGAUGAAGGGCAAGCGGCAGCCAAUGACCCUCUCAGCAGUCCGGACAAGCCGUUGCAUACAUUGGCAGUUGACAUUGUGAAACAUUCUGUCAUCUCCCUCCCUGGCAGUUGGAUCCUGUUGCUGUCCACGGGGGUGGGAGUGCUGUUUGUGUUCGACCCGCUGGGCAGCCGCCGUCCUGGACCUCAGUCCCAGGAGCAGCUGGGGGUGAGGGACCUGGAGAGCAGUGAGGGCUCCCAGCUCCUGUCCACCACCCGCUCCGUGGCUGUCAGGGUGUGGGAGAGCAGGCUGAGGCUCCUCUGUUGCUGCCUGCCUCAGGAUGAGAGCCACAGAGUUGCCUUCUCCAGCAGAGCUCAGCUAGUCAGCGGAUUAUUCUCGGAUACAGACCUGGUGCCCAGUGACAUCGCAGCGGGUCUGGCUCUGCUACACCAGGAGCAGGAUAAGAGGGAGCAGUGUAGAGAUCCAGAUGAAGUCCUGCCUCACAGCCCCUCAUCACCUAUCGCGGAGGAACUUGAGGCAGAGCUGGAGAAGGCAGCCGACUGUAUGCAAUUUGCUAUAGCAGCGUAUGGCUGGCCCAUGUAUGUCUACUCCAACCCUCUCACUGGAGCCUGCAAACUCAGCGGGGACUGCUGUAAGACCCAGUCUACUGAGUAUGACAUUGUCGGAGGAGACAAUAUGGGCUGCCAUUUCUCCUCCAUCCUCCACAACACUGGCCUACAGUACAGAGACUUCAUCUACGUUAGCUUUCACAACCAGAUCUAUGAGAUUCCAUUCUUUGUGGCUCUGGACCAUAAGAGCGAGGCUGUACUGGUGGCUGUCAGAGGAACACUGAUUUUGCUGACUGAUCUGUCUGCAAACUGUGAUAACCUCCCAGUAGAGGGAACAUGCUAUGCUCACAAGGGCAUGUCUCAGGCAGCCUGCUACAUCUAUAAGAAACUCCUCAAAGAUGGCAUUCUAAACCAGGCUUUCACCAUCGCACCUGUAAGACUCCUUGUGUGUGUGUGUGUGUUUUCAGGAGGGGGUACAGCCUCUCUCCUGGCCAUUUUAUUACGUAGCUCCUUCCCCACCCUGCAGUGUUACACCUUCUCUCCACCAGGGGGACUCAUGAGUAAAGCCCUGGCGGAAUAUUCCAAAGACUUUGUGGUGUCUGUGGUGUUGGAGAAGGACUUGGUGACCAGGUUGAGUUAUCCCAACAUGGAGGACUUGAAAAGGAGAAUACUAAAAAUGGUUUCUAAUUGCAAUAAGCCCAAGUACCGUAUCCUGCUCCAGGGCUGUUGGUAUGAGUUGUUUGGGGGAGAUCCUGAUGACUUCCCUACUGAGAUGGACAACAGACGGGAGGAGGAACUCAUCCAGCCGCUCCUGGGGGAGGAGACACUGCUGAUUCACGGCUCCUCAUCCUAUCAAAGCCUAGCUUCCGAGGACUCGCCGGUACACUGCGCCCACCUGCCACUUUAUUUACCGGGACGUAUACUGCACAUUACAGAGGACGGGCCGUCACGGAGGUCCUGUUUUUCCCAGGUGCAUUACCGGGCGGAGUGGUCCAGUGAGACAGCGUUCCGGAGUGUUCUCAUCAGUCCAAGGAUGAUCGCCGACCAUAUGCCUGAUGCUGUACUCCGGUCUCUCCACAGUCUGACGCAGGACUUUCAACCUCUGCCCCUCGUCGCUUAGCAACAGCCACCUCAAUGUCAUCUGAGUCACACUGCUACACACAGAUACACCUGGACUGGGCGAGCCUGACUGUCUGUCGCAAGGCUGUCCCCAUUCUGUCCCCAGUCCUUCGGUUCCAGUCUCAUCUCUUCCCACCCCCUGUCCACUGUCUCAAGUCUCAAGUCUUCUGUCCCUACUCCAUGACCGGGGGGGACUCAACAGCCAAGACAAAGGGACAAGACAAUUGGACUCAUCGAUAAAAGGACUGUGCAGGACCGUCUUUCUCAGUAGGACUUUGGAAA